CUUAAAAAAGAGAAGGUCAAAAUAUAGCGCACACUGUGCAGAAAUAGUUGCGCUCCAUAGAGCGUGACGGUAGGUAUUAAGGCAUUCUGCCGACAGUUUCAAAUCUAUUCAACCACCUAUAAAUAAUUUGGUCAGGAAAAUGGCUUACAAAAGCUUCCAGUUACUGCUGGUCCUCGGCUUGCUCCAUAUGGGAUCAUGUUACAAAACUUUUCAGUCAAACAUUCCAAACGGCGAGAACGUACCAAGUCCGUGCAAUCCAAAUCACCUAUGGCAGGGAGUCGGGCAUUUUGCCAAACUCGGCGGUGGUGAAAGAAACUCGUUUGGCUUGGACUUUAAAGCAAAUGGAUAUUCAUGGACAGCGUCCCUCUGCAGGAUGGACUCUGAUGGGGAUGGAAAAACUAACGGAGAAGAACUUGGGGAUCCAAAUUGCAACUGGAAACAAGGGGAGACCCCUGAAACAAGCUUAGGAUUGUCCCAUCCUGGUUUCUGUGAGCCAGCCGAUUCGGCUGAAUGCAGGGAUAAAAACCAGAAUUUGGACUGUUCAACUACGGAGUUCUCAUGCGAUGCGCUGUCCGACCCAGACAUUGAAAGUUACACAGUCCGACUUGACGACACGGCUGUCCCAGCAGAAGAGACAACCUACAUUUGCCAGAUAAUGGACAUCCCUAGCGAUAAAGAUUACCAUCUUGUCGCGUCACAGCCUUACAUUCAAAACAUCGACGUUAUGCACCACAUCUUAUUGUACGGCUGUACCGACAGUGCACCAAUUACCCCUGAAAUGCGUAGCCCUAAUAAAUGCUUCAUGAACCGAUUGUCUGGCUGCGAAGAGAUACUGGCUAUCUGGGCUGUAGGGAGUAAUGGCUUGUGUUACCAUGAAGAUGCCGGGGUCAAGUUGGGAAAGACAGGAUUUAAAACAGUUCUGCUCGAGAUGCACUGGAACAACCCUAUGUUGGUCGACAAUUACAGGGAUUCAUCGGGUAUUACCCUUCACAUGACGCCUAAUCUUCGCAAAUACGAGGCCGGCAUGAUGAUGAUUGGUCAAACGUCAUUAGUAAUUCCACCCGGACGUGAACUAUACACCGCCAACUCCACGUGCAGCUCUGAAUGCACGAGAAAGAAAAUGAACGGAAAUAUUUUUAUUGCGGGGGCUUUCAACCAUAUGCAUUAUCUAGGUAAAUCAGCGUUAUCCAGCCUGGUUACAAGGGACAACAAAAUACACGUUCUAGCUGAUGAUCCAAACUACAGUUAUGAUAGUCCAGAGUUCUACAUAUUUGACGAGCCAGUCGAAAUGGAACCUGGUAUGGAACUUAAGUUACGGUGUGAUUUCAAGUCAACUUCUCGCACAAAGACGACGUUUAUGGGGGAGGCUACCAACGACGAAAUGUGCUUUGCAUUCCUAAUGUACUACCCGAAAGAAAACUGGAUGGGACAAGAAUGCGUUUCGCACGGCACAAUCGACUCCUGCGAAUGGGAAGAUGGUUAUGCGGACGGCUGUGACCUGAAUAAGUUUGGAAACCCAGCAGAUCCGGAAAAUAUAGAGCGGUAUUCGCUCUUGGAACAGAAUUGCAAGGUCGGACUUUGUUUGGAAGAAUGCAAGCCAAUAUUGCGGGAAAUUUUUCAGCAUCCGUGCUAUGCCCCUGGUCUUUACAAAAUGUUCCGAGGUAUGUCUCUUGACAGUACCGAAGACCAGUCAAUGAAAGUUACCUUACUUGAGCACUAUAACAAACUGGAUUCAUGCGCUGCUGAACUGGAAAGAGAAAAGUGUAACGGAAACGGAAAUGACGGAUGGAAUAGACCGGAAAUAGAUGGUGCUCACGGAAUUCAUUUGUCUUCAACCGUAACAUUGUUAGUUACAUCUUUACUGGUUUAUUUCUGGUAGUAUAUGUGGUCUGAUAACUAAAUGUAAUACUAUAUUUUGCAUUUAUAAGAGUAUUACUACAUGUGAUAAAACUGCUCUUCGUUAACAAAGCGUAUUUAACUUACCAGUGCUAAGAUUAUACCUAAGUAGAAAAAAAAUAAUAUAAUUUUAUUAUAUCUAGAUUCAUACUGAAUUAUUUUUUAGAAUAUCAGAAAGUCGUCUGUGAAUUCAUGUAUUUAGAUGAUAUUUUCAUGUACAAAAUCUUCAAGUCACAAACUUGUCAAUCGUGUUGUUGUUUUUCUUUACUUUUAGUUUGUCAUUCCUAUAUGAAAUCCAACUGAAUAUCGCAAUAAAUAUAUCUUUAUUUU